AUGGGAAAUAAGCUAAAUUUAUGAUUAAGACCAAGAGAUAGCGAGUUGUCUUUUUCGAGCAGGAAGACUUCUCUAUCAAGAUCCAAAACAGAGAUUGACCUUGAAGUCAUACAAACCUUUGAGAGCAAAAUAGCUUUACUCAAACAGAACUCUUCUAUAGACGACUUUGAGCAACAAAAAGUCUUAAACGAUGCUCUCAGUGUCCUAAAUAUUACUGAAGAGCCUAUCAAAUAGAUAUUACAGAAUGGGAGAAGCAAUAGGUUCUGGAAAGUUUGGAAUGGUUAGAAAAGCAACAAGACUUCUUGACGUUACUGCUACUCCAGGCGACAAACCAAGAAAAUCAAUGAAGCCUCGAAGAAGUUUUCAGAACAAAGUGGCUAUUAAGAAGAUUAAGCUUGACCAAUUAGGAUCAAAGCUGCACAUAAUUGCUCAAGAAAUACUGACCCUAAAGAGAGUAGACCACCCCUCUAUAGUGAACCUUCUAGAAAUCUACAGAGACGAGAACACCCUAUAUCUUGUCAUGGAGUAUAUCCAAGGGAAAGAGCUAUUUGAAUUCAUAGUCGAACAAGAGAGUUUGAAGGAAUCAGAUGCCGCUUCUAUAAUAAAACAACUCAUCAAAUGUAUAUAUUACCUGAAUACAAAGAAGAUCGCUCAUCGAGACCUGAAGCUUGAGAAUAUCAUGAUCGAUCCUAUUAGUAAAAAGAUAAAACUCAUAGAUUUCGGGUUCAGCUGAUAUUAUUCAGAAGGACAAAAUAUGACAGAAAAGGUCGGGACUCCCUACUACACCGCUCCAGAAAUCCUUCGUGGUGAUGGUUAUGGCCCUGAAUGUGAUAUGUGGAGCAUUGGAGUCAUUGCAUACAUCCUUCUUACAGGUUCUCCCCCUUUCUACGCUAAAAGACCUGUAGACAUUUGAAGGAAAAUAGUUAAAGACUCUGUCAGAUAUGAUUCUGUAUGGGAAAAUUUGUCAGUUGCCUCUCAAAAGUUUGUCAAAUCUAUCCUUAUUAAAGAUCCCUCAAAGAGAAAUAAGCCAGAGGAUGCUUUAAAGAUGGAUUGGAUCCAGCAAAAAAUGGAAAAUGACUCCCAGAUCUCAUCUAAAGUGAUCAAGAAUUUAGUCCAGAUCCGUGAAGUUGAUGAAAUGAAGAAGGAGUUCCUCUUGAUCCUUUUCAACCAAAUGAAUGCAUCGAAAUAAGGAGAAAUAUAAUACUAUUUUCGAAAAACUUGAUGUUGACGAAGAAGGAAAUAUCAAAAUCCAAUCAAUCAUCGAUCAUUUAGAUGAAUUUGAAGGCAACAGUAAGAGAAGAGAUCGUCUCAAGAAGACCCUGACUAAGAAGAAAGACCUUAAGAUGGAGUACACAGAUUUUCUUACAAAAGUUGUUGACGUUAAAAAGAACUUCACAGAGGCAGAUCUUGAAGACGCCUUUAGGUACAUUGAUUCUGGAAAUAAAGGCUAUAUUGAUUUCGAUAUGCUCAGGGAUAUUAAGGAAAGGAAAGGAGAGAAAGUUGGUAAAACUGAAGAUGAGUGAUACAACAGAGUCAAUGCAUUCAGACACCAAACAAUCAAGCCUGAUCAUGAAAAGUGUUUUGAAAAUGAAAUAAUAGCUGACUCAGAGUUUACUCAAAAUAACAGAGUAUAUUCAUAUCUGCUCGAUACUCCAAACCAGGAUGAUGAAGAAGAGAAGAAAAUUAGCAGCUGAAGUAUGGAUAAAAGAAGCUCUAAAAUUUUAAAUGAAGCUUCUAAAAGCAACCCAAAAGAGACUUUGAAGGAGAAAAUGACUAUAGGAACAUUCAAAAGAUGGAUGCAGCAUGUUGAUAAAAGUCCUAAUGAUGGAUAUAGCUUCACUGAACCUCCAGAUACCUUAAUAAAGAAUAACUUAUCGCCUGCAACUCCAGACGUCGAGAAGUUCCCUGCCAAGACUGGUGGUACUCAGAGUUCUAGCAAGGACUAAUUUUAUUCAAAUUUUUACGAUAAGCUCCGAUUCUUA